ACCAUCGUAUUCUUGUUCUAUGUCCUCUAUCAAAGCUAGUACACACUACUGGCACACUACCAAACGAGCGCAUAGAAAGCUUCUCCUCUGGAAGUGGCCCGCAGCUGGCCCGCAGCGUUCUGGUCAACUCGACCUACUUUGGACGUUCGCUAUCACCAUAGACAAUACUGCGACGAUGCGCUGAGCCUUGUAGGCGCUGGGGCGGGGGCAACACCCCUCUUAAAUCGAUUCAACUUGACCAGACUUGACGAAUGCACAAGCUAAAUAUUGACACGCAGCAUUUGCAGUCAGCGAGUAGUGAAGAGGUUCACACGCCAACCGAGAAUGAUCUGCUUAUCUCCCGCCUGGUCGCACGCAUCGCUGAGUUGGAGGAGCGCCUCUACAAGAAGGAGCUUGAGGCGCCCGCCGUCGCCGGAAGGGCACCCUGGGACCCCUUGCUUCCGUCCUGUCACCCAUACAUCACGUCGACACCGCCGCCCCUCGUCUCCACCAGCACCUUGCUCGACCCCAGCAUUAAGCUCACGCAGUGCACGGCGGCGCUGGCGCACGUUGCGGCUGCCUCUGCCUUUCCCUUCCUUCCGUCUGCCCCCCCCCCGUCACAUCCCUGCUACUGCCAACCGUCCUGCUUGCGCUUCCCUCCACACGCAGCCACCCGCACCCCGGGCGCGGCGGCAGCCGCACCGACCAGCACCCCUGGCACCGCCUUCGAACAAUUCCAACAACAACAGCAACAGCAACAACAACAAUCCGCCUCGGCCUCCAAGCUUAAGGACUCGAUUCUAAACACGCUUCGGGAGUCCUGGGCCAAGUUGGAGGCGCACGCCAGCAACCCAAACAACGCCCAGGCCGCGGCGCAGGCCUUCGGCGCCGCCGCCAGCCCCAUACCCGCCGCCCUCCUGACCACGACACCCAAGGGCCAGCGGGAGGGCGGGUCGGCAGCAGGCGAGCAGCAGCAGCAGCAGCAGGCGGGCACGCCGUCGGGCGGGGGCGGGGGCGGCGGCGCGGGCGCGCCACCGCUACGCACGCAGUCCUCGCAUGGCCUGCAGCCCGGCGGUAACAGCUUCCAGUUCAGCACGCCCCUGGUGGUGGACUACUCCCGACCCAACCGCUCAGCCUCAGGCACCGACCUGGCGGCUACUGCUGCUGCCACGGCUGCUGCCACCGCCGGUGCUACAGCCGGUCGAGGUGGCAAGGCGGACGGCGGCCGCGAGGGUGGUGGCGACGGUGCUGACGUGGAUGUGGACGUGGACGAUGACAACGCCAGCCUGAGUAGUGUGGACAGCACGGGCAUGGGCUACGAGCCGGCGGCGGAGGCGGCGCCCACGGCUGAGGAGCGCGAGCAGACUGAGCGGGAGCGGCAGCGGCGGCAGAGCGGCGGACUGGCUGGCACCACCGCGCGGCCCAGCGGCGGCUUGGGCGGCAGCGGGAGUGGGGGCGGUGGUGGAGCCGGCUCGGAGGGCGGGGGGCGGCCGCCGCUGCCGCCGGUGGCGGCCCGUGCGGGCCGCAACAACAGCAGCGACGGCGGCGGCGCCGGCUCCCAGCCGCCGCUGUCACCGCAGCCCACUUUCUCUCUGCAGCAGCAACAGCAAUUACAAUAUCAGCAGCAGCAGCCCCAGCAGCAGCCCCAGCAGCAGCAGUCGCGCGCGGCGGCCUUCACCGGCUCAGUGCUGUCCAAGCUGGGCAUCCAGUGGGGUAAAGACAGGGACCGGGACAGGGACGGCGGUGGCGGCACUGGCGGCGGCGGCCUGCCGCGCAACGUCUCCGCCGGCAGCUUGCAGCAGGGCGGCGGCGGAGGCGCCGGCUUUGGCGGCUUCGGCGGCGGCGGCGCGUCCGGGUCUGGGUCUGGAUUCCAGUUCCAGUACCUGAACCAGGACCACCGCUACCCACAGGCCUUCACGCCCACUGGCGCUGCCUCGCCUGGCGGCGGCGGAGGCGGAGGAGGAGGCGGGGAUGGGAGCUUCCCGGGAGGAGGAGGCGGCUGGGGCGCGUUUAGCGACCGGGUCCUUGAGGAGCAGGCUCUGGCGGGCGGCGGCCUGGGGUUUGCGGGCGGGGCCAUGACGGGCGGCGGCACCAGCGGCGGCGGCGGGGGAGGCGGGCACUAUUACCGCUACGUGUUUGACCCAGCCGACGUGGCCGCCGAGAUGGAGGUGACGGCGCGGGUGCGGCGGGCGGCGGCGGAGGCGCUCAUGGAGGCGGAGGCCAAACUGGCGGAGGCCAAGGCCGCCCAGGCCGAGCUGCAGCAGCAGGUGGAGCAGGCCAAGGACCUGGAGCAGGAGCUGGUGUCGCUGCGCGCCGAGCGCUCCGCCAUCCAGGCCGCCAAGUCCGCGCUGGAGGGCGACGCGGCGGCGGUGCGGCGGCAGCUGGAGGGCAUGAAGGACACGGAGGCGGCACUGCAGGCCGAGCUGGAGUCCAUGCGCAGCCAGGCCGACAUCUGGCGCAGCAGCCAGGACGGCGAGGCCGACAAGCUCAAGGCCGAGAACGGAUUGCUGCGGAGCCAGCUCACCACCAGGCUGAGUGAGCUGCAGGCUGCGCGCACGCGUCUGUCGGACGGCGAGGCGGAGCGGCAGCGCCUCAGCCGCGAAAUGGAGGAGCUGCAGACCAAGCUGCAGUGGCUGACCAAGAUUAACCUGCAGCUGGAGUCCAGCGCCGGCCAGUUGAACGACGCGCGCAAGGCGGCGGCGGAGUGGCAGGAGCGCUUCCUGCGCGAGCGCAACGUGCGGCGGCGGCUGCACGACCAGCUGCAGCAGCUCAAGGGCAACAUACGCGUCAUGUUGCCCCCGCCCCCUGCUGUGACGCACAUGUUCUCGUUGGUCAGGCCCGGGCUGAGCGCCUGCUGGCCCGUGGCGCCAAUGAAGGUGCCCACGUAGCCCGUCUCCUCCUUCAGCUCGCGCAGCGCGGCCGUCUGUGGGGGGCAGUCGGAAAGGGAGGCAGGCAGGGCGCUGAGGUCAGUUCGCGGUACUGGUACUGCCCAGGUCGUUGGGGCGUAGCGUGGCCGCAGCUGGCAGGUAACCGGCAUAGCUAUGAUGCCCUGUCCAGCGCCCCCCAUCCUAUAUGGAUGCUACCG